CCAAUGAGAUUUCGUGUCGUCACCGAGCACCCGGAAGUCGCGUAGAUUCAUUCCACCGGUUUCUUCAAGUUGCAGCAGCGUCGCAUCUCAUGGUCGCUGUGAGUCCGGGGCGCACGGUAGGUUUCUGCCACCUCAGAGACACGCGUCCGAGUCUCCGCGUUCACAGCCUGAAAGCACACAUCGGUAGAACGAGAGCUGAACCCGGACGUGGUCUGCGUUUCACCGAGGCCACAGUCCGCCCGCAGCUAGCGGCUAAGCUAGCAGAUUUGUCUGUGACAGCAGGUUGACUGGAGCAGCGUUAGCUCCACAGUCCUCAAGGUUGAAAGAGAUGUUGCUGCUGGUGUUGGGAGCCCUCCUCCUGCUCUUCUGUACUCUGGAUGUAUGGUACUUCCUGCGCGGGGUCCAGGUCUUUGUCCAGUCGUGGUUCCAGCCCAGGAUAUGGGACAUUCUAGCAGAGCAAAGCAUCGAUGGCAUGGUCCUUCCCCAUGACUUGGACUACAUGGGCCACAUGAACAACUCUCGAUACCUGAGGGAGUGUGACUUUGCUCGCUUUCACCAUUACAUGCGAAACGGGCUGUUCAUGGCCUCAUGCAGGAUGGGGGCCAAAAUGGUGGUAGGGGCUUCCACCAUCCGAUACCGGCGCUCAUUGGCCUUCCGUGAGGCUUUUGAGAUUCGGACCAAAGUAGUGGGAUGGGACGAGAAGGCCUUUUACUUGGAGCAGCGCUUUGUGUCCAAGAAAGAUGGCUUUGUAUCUGCAAUCAUGCUCUGCAGGCAGAAUGUGGUGCGCUGCAGCCCAGAGAGCAUUAUAGAAUUUGUAUGCAAAAGGAAGAUCGAGUGUCCCGAGUUUCCAGAGGACCUCAAACACUGGAUCAGCUUCAUUACAGCCAGCAGCCAGGCCCUGAGAGCAGAGAGCGGACUGGAGGAGAAGAACAAGUGAAGCCACACCAUGACACCAUCAUGCAUCAUGAGUGUAGACACAUAUCAUUUGCAUUGCACGCACAUAUACAGUAUACAUCCAUACACACAUGCACACAAACAGUUAAACAUCAUAGACAGUUUUACUUGACUUAUAAGAUUCCACUGAUGUGUUCUGGGUCAAUCCUACCUGCUGUGUAUUUUUGUAGGAAGUGAACUGAACAUAAAACUGCUGAAAAUGAAAACUUGAACUGUAGGUUUUACAUGUUUUAAAAUGCACGUAUGCACUGGGAUCAUAAUUGAUGUUUCUCUCUUACAAAAGAGAAACAACAGCUUUAUCCUUGCAGCUUAUUGAGUAGUGGACCGUGAGUAGACUGGCUUUAGAAAUCUUCAUUCUCAUUUAGCAAACUCCUCUAACGUCAGAUAAAGCAUGUAGAGCAAAAGUUAAUCUUCACUGACAUAGAUGCAUGUUUCAAACAACCAGAAGAUAUUUUUUGUGCCUGUUCCUCUCCAUUGGUUGUAGUCUGCAGUUAUGAUUUCAGAAAAUUAUAACUUUUUAGGAAAAACAUACAGUAUGCGUAAUGAAAUGCUUGAAUAGACAUCAUGUAACAGGAACUAGUUUUAAUCUUCCCAUCAGCAUCAGCACUUUGCACAAGAUAACACAAGUGAGUAAACAACCUGGCUCUUUCCGUGUCAAAUCAUCAACCCUUUGGGCCGAUCACAGAAACGUAUGGAAAUCAAAAUUUUAGUGUAAUUAAAUUAAGAAACUGUGGUGUUCACUUCACAAUGUACAUUUAGGCUUAAAACAUGGUGUAAUUGUCGUUUCGAGUCGAAAUUGAAUGUCGGGGGUUACGGACCCUUUGAUGACACUCACUUCAUCCAGCCCUCCAUCAGCAUACUGGUGAGUAGAAAGAGUGAAUUUUUGGGUGAACUAUCCCUUUAAGUCAUAUCUCCUUUAAUAUAGUUCACAGGUUUGGUUCUCAUGUCCACAAUAUAAAGACUAGCAGCAUUAUGAGUGAUUAUAACAAUUAAAGUUGAAUUAUACAAAAACAUAUAAUGAAAUCAAGACCUCCAGAAAGAUGGAUUUUAAGCUGUUGCAGAGACAUUAUUACUUUUCUGAAGUUGCAUCUCAUUUCUAACUCCAAAAAGUUUGAUGAUUUGACACGGAAUGACCCAACUGUACUUCUGAGGAAAACGUGAGAGGGAAUCUUGUUUUAUUUUUGUUUUGUUUGAGGGAUCAUUUAUUCAGUUCACUUUUGUUCCUUGACCAAAUUUGUAAUCCAUGCAUUUAAAGGACGGGAUUCUUGAUUUUGAGUUUUGUUUGAUUUCAGGAGAACGUGGUUGAUCCAGACUGACAUGCUCGAUAAACAAAUGUUGAUAUUGUAUGAGGUUGCUGCCAACAUUUCCAAACCUGCGACGCACAAUUAACACUGAAUGUUUGGAUGAUGCUUGGUUUUUAUUGAGGCAGCCUUUUUGAAAUCUGGAACCUUUCCCUUGAAUUCAUCCAAGCUUUAGUUUUUGACCAAAGUAAUGUAUUGUUCUGUUUGAAGAGGAAACUGAAUUCAUUUUUAAAGAUGCACUGUCUAAGCUUUUAUUUAUGUUGCUAAUGCACAAUACUCAUAUUUAAUUCCUUUAAGUUUGAACAUGUGUGUUGUCCUUUUUGUUUUCCAUUCAUCAUUAUUUAUAAUUUACUGAAAUGGAUACACUGUACCAGAAUACAUUUAUUGUGUUUGUCAAUUAUUUAAUAGCAUUUUUAAUAAAAAAUGCAUUGGAAACUGUU